AUGGCCACCACAGCAGCUGCACCGUCGCUGCAACGGUUGGAUCCUACUAUACCACACACUUUCAUGCGCCCGGUGAAAAAGAUCAAUGAUCACCAGGAUGUGGAAACAUUUCUAUCCUCUGUAGCGUACAGAGAUAUUAUGAUCUUUGUUUUGCAAUUAAACCGUUGCAUGUUUCCCUCCAAGGCGUCCAGUGAAAGCGGUUCUUCAAAUGUGGAGGUGUGGACACUGGACUCCGAUUCUGUUGACUUCUCAGAGCCUGUCCGUCGCCUACAGCUACUGUUAUCAAAAUUGGAGUCCCUCAUUGAUGAGGUAGCUCCAGAUACUGGACCUCGGCGAUUCGGAAAUAUCAGUUUUCGAAAAUGGUGUGAGGAGAUGGAAUCCCGUGCAGCUUCCAUUAUGGAUGAAUGUUUGCCACCAGAAAUUCUUCAGCAGAAAUCUGAGGAGGAAGAAACCGUAACCGCGAAAGAGGAGCUGAUGGCCUAUCUAACUGGUAGUUUUGGUAGCUCACAGAGGCUUGAUUAUGGAACGGGGCAUGAGCUUAGCUUUUUAGCCUUUCUUGCUUGUCUAUGGAAGCUAAAUGGGUUUGCCCAAGCAGAUCCUGGGGUAGAAGAGAGGGGCAUAGUUAUUGGGGUUAUUGAACCGUACGUUUCCCCGUUUUAUCUCAUGCAUGUUCCUUAUGGCUUACUUUUCUCGAUUAGAUAUCUUCGGCUUAUUCGACGUCUAAUACUCACGUACACUCUAGAGCCUGCAGGCUCUCAUGGUGUGUGGGGCCUAGAUGACCAUUCUUUUAUUUCAUAUAUUUUAGGAUCGGCUCAAUUGUCCCCUCCCAUAGGUCCUACAGAUCCAACUCCUACAGAGGGCUCCUUACCGAAUGCUCCAGCCACAAGCGAUGUAACUAAGUCAAACAUUGUUGAGAAGGAGCGAAAGUCAAAUAUGUACUUUUCAGCUAUUGGUUUUAUCUACGAUGUCAAAAAGGGCCCGUUCUGGGAACAUAGCCCGAUGUUAUAUGAUAUCUCAGGAAUAAAAGAUGGUUGGGGAAAGAUUAAUAAGGGCAUGAUCAAAAUGUAUAAUGCGGAGGUUUUGUCAAAGUUCCCCGUGGUACAGCACUUUCCCUUUGGGUCAUUAUUUGUUUGGAAACAGGACCCAAAUGCCACCUCAACAGCUCCAUCGGCACAUACAUCAAGUGGGCCACAGAUUCGAACUCAGAUCCCGGCGUCUCCAUCCCUUUCUGCUCAAUCAAACGCGGGUACCCGAGCUCCAUGGGCUUCGAAACCUACUAGUGUUGAAAUGGGGGACCUUCGAGGAGGAGUACCGUCGUCUCACCAAGUGCCAGCUACAAGAGCUCCGUGGGCCAGCCAAGGUAGCCAGCAGCGAAACCUACCACAGCGAGAGCCAUUUCCACCUGCAAAUUCCUCAGAGAGAUGA